UAUAUAUAUAGAUAGAGAAGAUUCAUUCAGUGUUCUUCUCAUUCACUCAACGACUUCAUGGUUGUCUUCAUCGCCUUAAUAGACAUAAGCAUAACGUGUUUACUUCUAUCAUCAUACUAUAUUUGUAUCAACUGUCAAACACAAAGCCAACGAAAACAUAAUGAAAGGAAAAAAACCAUAUGUUGUUGUGGUUGUCAUACAAAUUAUAUACGCAGCUAUGUUUAUACUCUCAAAAGUUGCAUUUGAUAAUGGCUUGAACAAUUUCAUCUUUGUCUUCUAUAGACAGGCAGUAGCAACCCUUUUCCUUAUCCCUUUUGCUUUCUUCUUCGAAUGGAAAAGUUCACCCCCUUUGUCUUUCAAGACCUUCUGCAAAAUUUUCUUCCUUUCUUUAUUUGGGAUUACUUUGAGCUUGGAUAUAAAUGGUGUUGGUCUCAUUUACACUUCAGCAACUUUGGCUGCUGCUACCACAAACUGUCUUCCAAGUAUCACCUUCUUCUUAGCACUCCUACUCAGGGUUGAAAGUUUGAAAAUAAAGACAGGAGGUGGGAUUGCUAAGUUGGUAGGCAUUGUAGCAUGUAUGGGUGGUGCAGCGACCCUUGCCUUUUAUAAAGGUCCUCGUUGGAAACUUUUAAGCCAUCAUCACCUUCUAAGAUACCAUAAUACCAAACAACAUGAUCAAAACCAUGUUCCAUCUGCUACAUGGGUAAAAGGUUGCUUCCUCGUGCUUCUCUCCAACGUGUUUUGGGGUCUAUGGUUGGUGCUACAGGCUUUUGUAAUAAAAAAGUACCCGUCAAAGCUGAUGUUUACAACACUUCAGUGUUUCUUAAGCUCAAUUCAAUCUUUAUUGAUUGCAUUGAUCAUAGAAAGGGACAUUGAGCAGUGGAAGUUGGGUUGGAAUGUUGAUCUCCUCGCUGUACUAUACUGUGGAAUUGUUGUCACAGGGUUGACAUAUUACUUACAGACAUGGGUAGUUGAAAAGAAAGGACCUGUGUUUCUUGCUAUGUCAACACCACUUUCUCUCGUUAUUACAAUCUUCUCCUCUAUAAUUUUCUUCGGUGAAACAAUACAUUUGGGAAGUGUGUUAGGUGGAUUAAUGUUAGUGGUAGGACUAUACAGCGUGCUGUGGGGAAAGAACGAAGAGCAAACACCAAAAACUCCGCUAGAUUUGGAACAACCGGCAUCGAGUUAAAAUGAAAUGAGCUACCAAUUACACCUUAUUAUCAAUUGUGGAUUGAUUCGUAUGCUACAUACAUGUGUGUGUUUGAUAUAGUACUAGUUAGCAAUAUUGCCAAAAUUUUGCCUACAAUGCAUGCUUAAGUCAAGCCUGCGGAGAUGUACAAUUUUUGGGUUUAAAAAUACCUUUAGCUAUGUAGAAUGUAAGGAGACAUAUUAAAAGAGUACUAUUAUUUAUUACAAAAACUCCUCGAAAUACAAA